AUGUCCGUCCCCAUCAGCAUCUCCAACCCCGACCUGGCGCGGCACAGCACCGAGCUCUUCAUGGACAGCGGCUUUUCUCCCCUCAGCCAGCGGAUGGGAGCUAUGGUGGCCUUUGACAGAUUCGAGGACUUCACGAGGAACUUCGAUGAAGUGAUCUCAUGCUUUGCUGACCCACCUUCAGAGUGCGCGCUCUUCAGCGAAGCACGAGCCACCAUCUACGAGGAGGAGGACGCCAAGAAUGUCCAUGAGGAGCCAAUUCACAUCCUCAACAUCACGCUCCGCUGGGCUGAACACACAGAGGAUGAGAAGCUGGUGCCCAUCUUCAGAGCCUUUGCCCAGUCCAAGAAAAACAUCCUUGUCAACUGUGGUCUCCGAAGAAUCACAUUCCUCAUUGUCCAGCAAAGAGAAUUCCCAAAGUUUUUCACCUUCAGGGCGAGGGACGAGGCCACCGACUACCGCUUCUUCAUCCGCGCCAUCGUGCGCCACUCCGACCUCGUCACCAAGGAGGCUUCCUUCGAGUACUUGCAGAACCAGGGCGAGCGGCUGCUCCUGGAGGCGAUGGAUGAGUUGGAGGUGGCCUCCAGCAACACCACUGUCCGCACCGACUGCAACCACAUCUUCCUCAACUUCGUCCCAACGGUCGUCAUGGACCCCUCCAAGGGAAACACCAACUCCCCCCCGCCCCCCCCCGCCACUGCCAUCCCCAUCCGCCUCUUCCUCACCAACGAGUCCGGCUACUACCUGGACAUCAGCCUCUACAAGGAGGUGAAGGACGCCAGCACCGGCAGCAUCAUGUUUCAGUCGUACGGGGACAAGCAAGGGCCGCAGCACGGGAUGCUCAUCAACACGCCCUACGUCACCAAGGACCUGCUCCAGGCCAAGCGGUUCCAGGCGCAGUCCUUGGGCACCACCUACGUGUACGACUUCCCAGAACUCAUCAGGCAGGCUCUCUUCAAGCUGUGGGGCUCCUCCGAGCUGCACCCCAAGGACGUCCUGACCUACACCGAGCUGGUGCUGGACUCCCAGGGGCACCUGGUGCAGAUGAACAGGGUCCCUGGAGGGAACGAGGUGGGGAUGGUUGCUUUCAAAAUGAAGCUGAUGACCCCCGAGUAUCCGAAAGGCCGGGACAUUGUGCUCAUCUGCAACGACAUCACCCACAAGAUCGGCUCCUUCGGGCCGGAGGAGGACCUGGUCUUCCUGCGGGCCUCGGAGCUGGCGCGGGCUGAAGGCAUCCCCCGCAUCUACAUCGCCGCCAACAGCGGCGCCCGCAUCGGCUUUGCCGACGAGAUAAAGCACAUGUUCCAGGUGGCCUGGGUGGACCCUGCGGACCCCUACAAGGGGUUCAAGUACCUGUACCUGACUCCGCAGGACUACACGAGGAUCAGCGCCAUGAACUCGGUGCACUGUGAGCACGUGGAGGAAGGGGGCGAGUCCAGGUACGUCCUCCUGGACAUCAUCGGGAAGGACAAUGGAUUUGGGGUGGAAAACCUGCGAGCUGCUGGUACCAUUGCCGGGGAGUCCUCUCGCGCUUACGAGGAGAUUGUGACCAUCAGCAUGGUGACCUGCCGUGCCAUCGGGAUCGGAGCGUACCUGGUGCGGCUGGGCCAGCGUGUCAUCCAGGUGGAGAACUCCCACAUCAUCCUCACCGGCGUCACAGCUCUCAAUAAGGUGCUGGGGCGGGAAGUUUACACCUCCAACAGCCAGCUGGGAGGCGUGCAGAUCAUGCACAAUAACGGCGUUUCCCACGUCACUGUCCCGGAUGACUUUGAGGGGGUCUACACCAUCCUGCAGUGGCUCUCGUACAUACCCAAGGAUAACCACAGCCCGGUGCCUGUCACUGCCGUAAGCGACCCCAUCGAAAGAGAAAUCGGGUUUGUCCCUUCCAAAGUCCCCUAUGACCCCAGGUGGAUGCUGGCAGGGAGACCCCAUCCGACUCUCAAGGGGACCUGGCAGAGCGGCUUCUUCGACCAGGGCAGCUUCCUGGAGAUCAUGAGGCCGUGGGCGCAGACGGUCGUGGUCGGCAGAGCGAGGCUGGGAGGUCUCCCCGUGGGUGUCAUCGCUGUCGAGACCCGCCCUGUGGAGGUGACGAUACCCGCAGACCCCGCCAACCCGGACUCGGAGGCGAAGAUAAUCCAGCAGGCUGGGCAGGUCUGGUUCCCGGACUCUGCUUUUAAAACAGCCCAGGCGAUUCGGGACUUCAACCGGGAGCAUCUCCCGCUGAUGAUCUUUGCCAACUGGCGAGGCUUCUCCAGCGGCAUGAAAGACAUGUAUGACCAAAUGCUGAAGUUUGGCGCCUACAUUGUCGAUAGCAUCCGGGACUUUAAGCAGCCUGUCCUGGUCUACAUCCCGCCGCACGCGGAGCUGCGGGGAGGCUCCUGGGUGGUCAUCGACCCCACCAUCAACCCCCUGUAUGUGGAGCUCUACGCAGACAAGGAGAGCAGGGGAGGCAUUUUGGAGCCUGGAGGAACAGUGGAGAUCAAGUUCAGGAAGAAAGAUUUGGUGAAGACCAUGAGAAGGAUCGAUACGGUGUACGCCAGGCUCGUGGAGCAGCUGGGGACCCCCGAGCUGUCCGAGGUGCAGCGCCGGGAGCUGGAGAAGCAGCUGAAGGCCCGGGAGGAGCUGCUCCUGCCCAUGUACUACCAGGUGGCUGUGUGCUUCGCCGACCUGCACGACACCCCGGGGCGCAUGCAGGAGAAAGGCGUCAUCACGCGCUGGUUCAUGGAGACGGAAGGAGCCGCCAAGGGCUACCUGUGGGACAACAACCAGGUGGUGGUGGAGUGGCUGGAGAAGCACAUGCAGGAGGAGGACGGCACCCAGUCGGCCAUCUGGGAGAACAUCAAGUACUUGAAGCGGGACUACGUGCUCAAGCACAUCCGGAGGUGA